AUGAGGCUGCAAGCGGACGUGCUGCGGUAUAUGACGAAGGGGGAAUUUCGUGUGUUGACUGCUGUGGAGAUGGGUAUGAAGAACCAUGAGUUUGUUUCCGCACAAUUGAUAGAGCAGAUAGCAGGUUUGCGCCGGCACUCUAUCCGUCAGAUCCUGAGUAUAUUGUUAAAGAACAAACUCGUCUUCCACUGUUCUAAGUCGUACGAUGGGUACAAGUUGACGUACUUAGGCUAUGAUUACCUUGCUCUCAACGCGCUACUGAAGAGAGGCCUCAUUAAAGGCGUUGGAGUUCGCGUUGGUGUCGGCAAGGAGUCAGACAUUCAUCUUUGUGAGGGAUCAGACGGCGCCGUGUUAAUUUUGAAGCUGCACAGAUUGGGCCGCAUUUCCUUUCGCUCCAUCAAGAAGAACAGAGACUACAUGCAACACAGAACUCACUGUAGCUGGCAUUACCUCGCGCACUUAGCAGCUGCUCGAGAGUUUGCGUACCUCAAGGCCCUUCACUCUCAUGGCUUUCCCGUUCCUGAACCCGUCGACACCAACCGGCAUGCAGUACUGAUGGAGUACAUCGAUGCAAUUCCGCUGACUCAGGUUU